AUGCGUACUCUUACGCACACUUCCACGCGUACUCUCACGAACACACUCUUGAGCACUCUCACGGGCACUCUCACGAGCACUCUCGCGAGCACUCUCACGAGCACCGUGCGCACCCUCACGUGCACUCACACGCGCACUCUCACGUGCACUCCCACACGCACUCUCACGUGCUCUCUCACGCGCGCUCUUUCGCGCUCUCACACACUCUCUCACGCGCUCUCUCACGCGCUCUCUCACGCGCUCUCUCACGCGCACUCUUAUGGGGACUCUCACGCGCUCUCUCACGCGCACGCGCUCUCUCACGCGCUCUCUCACGCGCUCUCUUACGCGCACUCUCAUGGGGACUCUCACGCGCUCUCUCACGCGCACUCUCACGCGCUAUCUCACGCGAUCUCUUUCACGCUCUCUCUCACGCACUCUCACGCACAUUCUCUCUCUCAUGCGCCCUCUCACGCACUCUCUCACGUGCUCUCUCUCACGCGCUCUCACUCUCUCGUGCGCACUCUCAUGCGCACUCUCACGCGCACUAUCACACGCACUCUCACGUGCACUCCCAUGCGCAUUCUCACGCGCUCUCUCACGCGCUCUCGCACGCUCUCUCUCGCGCACUCUCUCACGCACUCUCUCGCGCGCUCUCUUACGCGCACUCUCGCGCGCACUCUUACGCGCACUCUUACGCAAACUCUUAAACACACUCUCCCGAGCACUCUCAUGCGCACACACUCUCUCUCUCACAAGCUCUCUCACGCGCUCUCUCACGCGCACUCUCACGCGCACACUCACGCUCUCUCAUGCGCUCUGCACUCUCUCACGCGCUCUCUCACGCGCUCUCUCACACGCUCUCUCACGCGCACUCUCACGGGCACACUCACGAGCAGUCUCACGAGCACUCUCACGCGCACUCUCACGCACACUCACACGCGCACUCUCACGCGCACUCUCACGCGCACUCUCACAUGCUCUCUCACGCGCGCUUGCACGCGCUCUUACACACUCUCUCACGCGCUCUCUCAUGCGCUCUCUCACACGCACUCUCACGGGCACUCUCACACGCUCUCUCACGCGCACUCUCACGCGCUCUCUCACGCACUGCCUCUCUCGCUCUCUCUCACAAACUCUCACUCACAUUCUCUCUCUCCCGCGCCCUCUCGCGCUGUCACAGGAUCGAAUUCUUAA